UGCUCUGCUUCUCAUGCGCAUGCUCUUCCCACAAGUUGACACCUAGGAGGGGGCUGUAGCUAGCGGCGAGCGGACGUGCGCCACGAAGGUGGUGGUAAUGGUGAGGGUGGCGCCGCGGUUCUUGGCGCUGCCGGCAUGGCUGCUGCUGCUGCUGGCGGCGGCAGCUCUGCUUUCAUGCAUGGCGGCGGCGGCGGCGGGGGAUGACGGUGACGUGCUGCUGGAGGUGAAGAGCGCGUUCACGGAGGAUCCCGAGGGGGUCUUAGCUGGCUGGUCCGGGGGCGGCGGCGUUGGCGCCGGCUCGUCGGGGUUCUGUUCCUGGACUGGCGUGGCGUGCGACGCGGCGGGUCUCAGGGCGGUGGGCCUCAACCUGUCCGGCGCGGGGCUGGCCGGGCCGGUGCCCCGCGCGCUCGCGCGGCUCGACGCGCUGGAGGUGAUCGACCUGUCGUCCAACAGGCUCACGGGCCCCGCUCCAGCGGCCCUCGGUGGGCUGCGGAGGCUCGAGGUGCUGAUGCUCUACUCUAACCAGCUCGCCGGUGAGAUACCGCCGUCGCUAGGCUCGCUCGCCGCGCUCCAGGUGCUCCGCAUUGGUGCCAACCCGGGGCUCUCGGGUGCCAUCCCUGACGCUCUCGGGGGGCUCGGGAACCUCACCGUGCUCGGCCUCGCGUCGUGCAACCUCACCGGGCCGAUCCCGAGGAGCCUCGGGAGGCUCGCCGCGCUCACGGUCCUGAACCUGCAGCAGAACGCGCUGUCGGGGCCGAUACCUCCGGAAGUAAGCGGCAUGGAGAGCCUCGAGGUGCUCGCGCUCGCCGGCAACCAGCUCACCGGCACGAUACCGCCGGAGCUCGGGAAGCUUGCCGGCCUCCAGAUGCUUAACCUGGGGAACAACUCGCUGGAGGGCGCCAUACCGCCGGAGCUCGGUGCGCUCGGCGAGCUCGAGUACCUCAACCUUAUGAACAACCGCCUCUCUGGGCGCGUCCCGCGCACGUUCGCCGCGCUGUCGCGCGUGCGCACGAUAGACCUGUCUAGCAACAUGCUCUCCGGCGAGCUCCCCGCCGAACUCGGCCGGCUACCGGAGCUCAAUUUCUUGGUGCUCUCCGACAACCACCUCACCGGCAGCGUCCCCAGCGACCUGUGCGGCGGUAGGGGCAGCGAUGAAGCAGGGUCCAGUAGCCUCGAGCACCUCAUGCUCUCGACGAACAACUUCUCCGGGGAGAUACCGGAGGGGCUCUCGAGGUGCCGAGCGCUGACGCAGCUCGACCUGGCGAACAACAGCCUCUCCGGUGCCAUCCCCGCUGCUCUCGGAGAGCUCGGCAACCUGACGGACCUGCUGCUCAACAACAACACCCUCUCCGGCGAGCUGCUGCCGGAACUCUUCAACCUCACUGAGCUCCAGACUCUGGCAUUGUAUCACAACAAGCUCACCGGUCGGCUGCCGGAAGCCAUCGGCCGCCUCGGGAAUCUCGAGGUGCUGUACCUGUACGAGAACCAGUUCGCCGGCGAGAUACCGGAGUCCAUUGGGGACUGCACGAGCUUGCAGAUGGUCGACUUCUUCGGGAACCAGUUCAACGGGAGCAUACCGGUGUCCAUUGGGAACCUGUCGCAGCUGAUCUUUCUUGACCUCAGGCAGAACGAGCUGUCCGGCCGGAUUCCGCCGGAGCUCGGCGAGUGCCGGCAGCUCGAGGUUCUCGAUUUGGCGGACAAUGCUCUGUCCGGAGCGAUCCCGGCGACGUUCGGGAAUCUCCGGUCGCUCGAGCAGUUCAUGCUGUACAACAACUCGCUCUCUGGCGCCGUCCCGGACGGCAUGUUCGAGUGCCGGAACAUCACGAGGGUCAACAUUGCGCACAACAGGCUCGCCGGCAGCUUCCUGCCGCUCUGCGGCACGUCGAGGUUGCUGUCAUUUGACGCCACCAACAACUCCUUCGAGGGAGGGAUCCCCGCGCAGCUCGGCCGGUCGUCGUCGCUCCAGCGCGUGCGCCUGGGCAGCAACAUGCUCUCCGGGCCGAUCCCGCCGUCGCUUGGCCGCAUCGCCGCGCUGACACUGCUGGAUGUGUCAAACAACGCGCUCACCGGCGGCAUCCCGGGAACGCUCGCUCAGUGCACGCAGCUCAGCCUCAUCGUCCUCAGCCACAACCGGCUGUCGGGACCGGUCCCAGGCUGGCUGGGCUCCUUGCCGCAGCUUGGUGAGCUGACGCUCUCUGACAACGAGUUCACCGGCGCAAUCCCAGUGCAGCUCAGCAACUGCUCCAAGCUCCUAAAGCUCUCACUCGACAACAACCAGAUCAAUGGGACAGUGCCACCUGAACUCGUCAACUUGGUGUCCUUAAACGUGCUGAAUCUUGCACACAACCAGCUCUCGGGUCCAAUUCCGACGACGAUUGCGAAAUUCAGCAAUCUGUAUGAGCUGAAUUUAUCGCAGAAUUACCUGUCGGGUCCAAUUCCUCCCGAUAUCGGCAAGUUGCAAGAGUUGCAGAGUUUGUUGGAUUUGAGCCGCAACAGUCUCAGCGGCCACAUCCCUACAUCUCUCGGCUCACUUUCCAAGCUGGAAGACCUGAACCUUUCUCACAAUGCUUUGGUCGGAGCAGUGCCGUCGCAGCUCGCCGGGAUGAGCAGUUUGGUGCAGCUGGACUUGUCCAGCAACCAGCUGGAAGGGAGGCUGAGUUCUGAGUUCGCCCGGUGGCCGCAGGACGCUUUCGCCAGCAAUGCCGGGCUCUGCGGCAGCCCGUUGAGAGGUUGCAGAAGCGGGGGCGGCCCGUCGGCUCUGCACUCGGCAUCCAUCGCGCUGGUGUCCGCGGCGGUCACGCUGGCAGUUGUUCUCGCGAUCAUCGUGCUCGCACUGAUGGCGGUGCGGCGCCGGGGCCAGCAGUCGGGGGAGGUGAACUGCACGGCGUUCUCGUCGAGCUUGGGCAGCACAAACCGGCAGCUCGUUGUCAAGGGCUCGGCGCGGCGGGAGUUCCGGUGGGAGGCGAUCAUGGAGGCCACGGCGAACCUGAGCGACCAGUUCGCCAUAGGGUCUGGCGGGUCCGGGACGGUGUACAGGGCCGAGCUGUCCACCGGCGAGACGGUGGCCGUGAAGAGGAUUGCGCACAUGGAGAGCGACAUGCUGCUGCAUGACAAGAGCUUCACGCGGGAGAUCAAGAUCCUGGGCCGCGUCCGGCACCGACACCUGGUCAAGCUGCUCGGGUUCGUCAGUUGCCACGGCGGCGGCGGCAGCAUGCUCGUGUACGAGUUCAUGGAGAACGGCAGCCUCUACGACUGGCUGCACGGCGGUGGCAGCAGCGACCUCAAGAAGCGGUUGCUCAGCUGGGACGCCCGGCUCAAGGUUGCGAUGGGGUUGGCGCAGGGCGUCGAGUACCUCCACCACGACUGCGUGCCACGGAUCGUGCACCGGGACAUCAAGUCCAGCAACGUGCUCCUCGACGGCGACAUGGAGGCGCACCUCGGCGACUUCGGCCUCGCCAAGGCCGUCGCCGAGAACCGGCAGGCUGCCAGCAGCAAAGACUGCACUGAGUCAGCUUCCUGUUUUGCCGGAUCAUACGGGUACAUUGCUCCAGAGUGUGCUUACUCCUUGAAGGCGACCGAGAGGAGUGAUGUCUACGGCAUGGGCAUUGUGCUCAUGGAGCUCGUCACCGGGCUCAUGCCGACUGACAAGACCUUCUGCGGCGACAUGGACAUGGUGAGGUGGGUGCAGUCCAGGGUCGACGCGCCGUUGCCAGCCCGGGAGCAGGUGUUCGACCCUGCUCUGAAGCCGCUCGCGCUGCGCAAGGAGUCGUCGAUGACAGAGGUGCUAGAGGUGGCGCUCCGGUGCACCAGGACAGCGCCGGGGGAGAGGCCGACGGCGCGGCAGGUCUCGGAUCUGCUGCUCCACAUUUCGCUCGAUUAUUAUCGAGCAGGCGAGCACAAUCGUUAGGGUUUCAAAGACUGGGAAAACUUGUCCUAGGAUCUGCCUUUUCUGUUUCUUGUUCCAGCUAAAUUAACUUCGUCUUUCCUGCAUGAAACGAGCAACAAAAUUUGUGGUUUUGAGGGUUUUUAUGGUUUUGAGGGUUUGCCAUUGAAUGAAGUAAAGAAUCCCCUUCAAUUGGAUUGUUUAGUUUUAAAUUUGACUGUGUUUGGAGAUCGUAUGUACAAGCAUCUGAAAAAAAUCAAGUAACGAAGCAUAACAAAGUCUGCAAUGGUUGAGAUCCUUUUGGUGCUAUUCUGCAAA